AUGGAGUGUAUCCUAUUGAGGAGUGUGGCGGGCUCUGUCAGCAUUGAUUCCGAUAGGAGGGAUUGGUCCAUUGGUAUCCACGCGCUUGCCCACCAGACGUUUAGCAGAUGUGUCCAUGUUGUUGGCUCCAAGAGGACUUCAGAUAAUCCUGAUGAAGCGGAAAUGUACAACCUCCCCGACAGCUAUAAAAGUCUGAUAUUAAUGAGAGCCGUCACUCCGCUCAGCGGCACUGCCACAUACAAUGUGAUAGAAGGAAGUAACGAGGACGACGAGCUGACACCUUAUUACUUCUCCUCCUCUACAAUGAGGCCCGCACGUCAGAUUUAUGGAGCCUCUGGUUUCUUUCCCGGCCUCCGCCACCGUUCCCACGAACCUCGCUUCACCUAUCCCAACAACAUGAUACAAUCUGUCCAUCAUGGAGUGUAUCCUAUUGAGGAGUGUGGUGUUUCUCCAUCUCUCCUCGUAUUCCCUCUCUUCAUUCCCUGUACCCUCUCGCUUUUCGUCCAGGAAUACCAGUCCUCCUUGUAUGUGAGGAUGCUGAUCACCCUUUGGAAUUUCUCCGUACUGUCGGCGCUGAGCCUGGACCCCAUCUACUGGAACAGCUCGAAUAAAAGGUUUCAGGAUGCGGAGGGUUAUGUCUUAUAUCCACAAAUUGGGGACCGAUUGGAUUUACUUUGCCCGCGCUCCGAGCCUCGCGGACCUUUCUCCUCAUCUCCCUAUGAAUACUAUAAGCUUUAUCUGGUGAGCACAGAGGAUGAGGUAGUUACCUGCUCUAUCCUGCGGACGCCGAACCUCCUCCUUACCUGUGACCGGCCGGGACAAGACCUUCGCUUCACUAUCAAGUUCCAAGAGUACAGUCCGAACUUGUGGGGCCACGAGUUCAAAUCUCACAGGGAUUACUACAUUAUAGCCACGUCGGAUGGUAUGCUGGAGGGUCUGGAGAAUCUCAGUGGUGGUGUCUGUAAGACCAAAGGAAUGAAGGUCACAUUGAAGGUUGGCCAGAGUCCAGAUGGAGGGACUCACCCGCGGAGGCCUUCACUAAGAGAUAAAGAUUCCAACCUUUCUCCGUCUGCACCAAACCCGGACUCCCCAAACUUUGCAGGAGACACAUCUGGCAAUGCCACCAAGACAGGAGAGAACGGCCCCCUUCCUAAUUCCCACGUUCCCCUAGUUGCCGGUGCAGCAGGGGGCGCUGUCCUGCUCCUCUUGGUGUUCGGGGUGGUUGGAUGGGCUUGCCACAGACGUCGGCAAGCCAAGCACAGCGACACGCGGCAUCCUCCCCUCUCCCUGGGCUCCAUUACCUCCCCGAAGAGAGGCGGGGGUAACAACAACGGGCACGAGCCCAGCGACAUCAUCAUGCCACUGAGGCCUUCGGAAGGUGGCGCCUUCUGUCCCCACUACGAGAAGGUCAGCGGGGACUAUGGACACCCGGUGUACAUUGUACAGGACAUGGCCAGCCAGAGCCCCGCCAAUAUCUAUUACAAAGUAUGAAAGUCCCGCCAUCUGCGACUUCUUCUCCUAGUUUAUUUUAAUUUUUUUUUUGUUCUUUUUUUUUUUUUUUGUUAAUGGAGGCUGGGGGCUCAGAGUAGGAGGGAACGUAGGACAUAUUGGAAAGUGAACGUUGCCUGGCCAAGCCCCCUUUGUGUGUGCACUUCACGUCCGCACGCCUUCUACGUACUCCCCAAGACGCGGAGUCGAUGAAGGGC